UUUUCUUCUUCUUCUUCUCUUCCACUUUCCAAAAACCUUUUUCCCCCAAAUAUUCUCUACGUAAUCUUCUUCAAAUUUCUUAUUCCUAAUCCGAAAAUUCUUCCCUUCUUCAAUCUCCGAUUCCUAUUCCUUCACGGACUCUCUCCGAUUUCCCCUCUUUCAAUAUCCUUUCUCCGAUUCAUCUCUCUGUUCCAAUUUUCAUUCGGUUUUUCUAUCUGAUUCGAUUUUUUUGGAUUGAUUUAUGGUGGUGAAACUGGUCCGAUGGCCGUCCUGGCCGCCGUUCUCGUCGAGAAAAUACGAGGCGAUCAUCAAUAUUCGCCGAUUAGAAGGAUUGACAAGUCUCGUCAGCGAUGAUGCGAGUGGUUGUUUAGUGGUGGAAAUCAAAUGGAAAGGACAGAAGAUUAUGGGAUUGAGUUCUUGGAGACGAUCUGUGAAGAGGAAUUACACAAAAAAGGGGAAUGUCUAUGAAGAAGAGGAAGGAGGAGGAUUAUGUGUGGAUUGGAAUGAAGAGUUUACGAGUUUGUGUUCGUUUUUGGGGUCUAAUAAAGAGGAUCUCAUUCCGCCAUGGAAGGUUUCAUUGAAACUUCUUCAGAAAGGAGAAAACCAAGUACUUCGAAAUAGCUACACUGUAAUCGGAACCGCGUCGCUGAACCUAGCAGAAUAUGCUUCCAAAGCUGAUGGAAAAGAGAUUCAAAUAAGCCUUCCUUUGAAGGUUCGUGGCAGCACUGCAGAGUUUGGCCCCUUGCUCAGUUUCUCUCUCAACCUCUUGGAACUGAGAACUGAUACAAAACCUAUGAGGGUGGUGCAAAGGUCGAUCAUGCCUGUUACGCUUUCCCCAACUUCACCAUUGGCUUUGUCUACAGAGAAAGACGGGUUAGCUGUAAUAAGAGCAGGUCUAGAUAGAGUGAAAAUAUUUAGGCAUUGUGUAUCAGCUGGAAGACCUAAGGAAGUAUUCCAUGAAGAAGAUAUUGCUACUGUCAAUGGGUUUUAUAUCAAAGAUAAGGAUUCUACUCAAAGUUCUUCACUUGAUUCCGAUUCGCUAGAUGAUGAUGGUGGAACUGAGGAUUCAUGUGUUAGGCAGCCAUUUGGUUAUGAGAAACUAGCCAAUGCUAACCGUGUAGCAGGAUUGCUUCUCCCUGGGACGAAGACUGACAAUGACAAUGAUGAAUGUUGGAUCUAUUGUGGCAAUGGUGCAGGGUGCUUGGAGAUUGAUAGUGACAGUUCACAAACAAUACAGCAGAACUCAAUGCGCAAAAUCUUGUCGUGGAGGAAGAGGAAGUUGAGCUUCAAAUCGCCUAAAAUUAAAGGAGAGCCUCUUCUGAAGAAACAUUAUGGUGAAGAUGGUGGAGAUGAUAUCGACUUCGACCGUAGGCAGCUCAGCACAAAUGAGCUUUUCUCUUGGUGGUAUAAUCUGGAGUUAUCAGCAGCUGCAUUUGGAGAUGAUAACUUUGCUGUGGGUACUUGGGAGCAGAAAGAGGUAACCUGCCGUGACGGGUGCUUGAAGAUCAAAACCGAAGUCUUCUUUGCCUCUAUUGAUCAAAGGAGCGAGCGUGCUUCCGGAGAAAGUGCCUGCACAGCUCUAGUUGCUGUUAUUGCCGAUUGGUUGCUCUCCAACCAAGACGAAAUGCCGAUCAAGUCUGAGUUGGACAACUUGAUCAGAGAUGGAUCAGCAGAAUGGAGGAACCUUUGUGAAAAUAAAGACUACAUGGAGCAGUUCGCUGAUAAACACUUUGAUCUUGACACGGUAAUUAACGCAAAAAUCCGACCUCUAUCUGUUGUUGCAGAGAAGUCAUAUGUUGGAUUCUUCCACCCAGAAGGGUUGGAGGAAGAGGGCGUUUUUGAGUUCCUUAAAGGCGCCAUGUCUUUCAACACCAUAUGGGAUGAAAUCAGCCAACUUGCAGCAGAUCUUCCAACAAAUGAAAGUGAACCGAUAGUCUACAUAGUGAGUUGGAAUGACCACUUCUUCAUCUUGAAGGUUGACAAGGAUGCUUACUACAUCAUAGACACCUUGGGCGAGCGGCUUUACGAGGGGUGCAACCAGGCAUACAUUCUGAAAUUUGACAAGGAGACAGUAAUUCAUAGAUUACCAAACGGCACAAAGGCAUUAGAGGAGAAAAGCUCCAACACAAAGGAAUCAAAGAGCACAGGGCCAUCAUCAGAUGAGAAAACCUCCAUUGACACGAAACAAUCAAGCUCAGAGCCAUCAAAGGAGAAAAGCAGCAGCAUUAAGAAAAAUCAAUCAAAGAUCAUAGAGAUAUCACAGGUAGAACCAUCCACUGAUAUGCCCCAACUAAACAAACCAGAGAUUUUGGAGGAAAAACCAUCUAUGGUUGUCAUGCAACCAAGCGACUCUGAAGAAGCUUCGACAUCAGAACCACCGAGCAGCCUGAAAGAAGCUUCAACUGAGAAGAAAGAUGAGUCAGGAAAUGGUAGUAAUAUAAAGGAAGAGGUUGUAUGCACAGGGAAGGAGUGCUGUCAGGAGUACAUAAAGAGCUUUCUUGCUGCAAUUCCGAUCAGGGAAUUGCUGGAAGACGUGAAGAAGAAUGGUUUGAGUUCAUCGACACCCCUUCAUCAACGGCUGCAAAUAGAAUUCCACCGUGCUAAAGUGAUUCUACAGGCAGAGGAUCAGAUUUUGGCAAGCAACUACUGAGGAUUAACUACAAAAGCUGACUCAAAAGCUAUGUUUUAGUUCUUAUUUUAACUUUUGAAUUAAGUUUUGAAGAAUCAUCUUGUUUAGACUACUGUAAUAAGGAAUAAAGUAAAUAUUGAAGAGGGCAUAAAUUAAUUGUUUAUAAUGCCCCAUUAAUUCCUUGUUUAAUUAUAGUAACUGUUACUAAUGCUUAUUAAUUCCUUGCUCAAUUAAUGCUUCAGAGAUUUAAUUUGUGUAAUUUUUAUAAAAUACUAUAUCUGUACCACAUGAUUUGGUACUAGAGUUCAGUUUAAAUUCAGUUUAAUUGACUAAA